AUGCAAAACACUGCGCAAAGCAUACGCAGUCACUCAAACGUUCCAAAUGUAGAGUACCUGGGCAGGAUGUGUUCUCCUUCUGCAGCAAACCCCAUCCCCUGCCUUGUGAGAGCCGCGAUACACGUAUUCGACGCGGCCAUGAGGUGGUGGGUGGGGCCAGCUGCAAGGCAUCACCAACAGGCGCUGACCGUUGCAGCUGUGUUCCAUAUGCUGUCUUGUGCCGUUUCCGACUUUCUUGACAUCGACCUUCUGAUCCUAAUUUUCUGUCCAAUUGCCAUCCUCAUCCUUCCACCAUUCAAAUGGUCGCCCAUCACGCAAAUGGCUCUCGAGCUCCAAGAUAUUGACCCGGAGACCGACUUCCAUGACAUUUCUAGAUGUCUCUUCGAAUCGCACGAAGACCCUCCCCAGAAGUUUUUCCAUCUUUGGUUCCCCAUUCACGGAGAUGACAAACAGGCCCGAGAGAAUGCUAUCGAGGAAGGAGCCACGAGGCUAAAGCGCUGGCAUACGGAGGAUGCGUCCAGCAACUGGAGAAAAGUGGUCGAUACAGGAUCUGGCAAGAUUGCCGGGGCCGCCCUCUGGAACAUAUACAACGAGAAUCCUUUUGCGGUGCCUGAUAGCUUGGAGGUAACUUGGUUCCCUGAAGGUGGUGCUCGAGAGUUUGUUGAGCAAAUGAUUGUCCAAUAUGAUGCUCCAAGAGCUCGAGCCGCACAGAAGCCGCAUAUUUACCUUUUUGUGUUAUUUACGCAUCCCGAUUAUCGACGCAAAGGCGUGGGACAACAGCUGUUGAAUUGGGGCAUGAAGAAGGCAGAUGAGCUCAAACUCGACAUUUUUCUCGACUCUACUUCUCCAGGGAGACCAUUGUACGAGGCCAAUGGUUUCUCAUAUCUGCAGGAGAACCAUAUACGUCCGAAGAAUGAUCACCCGGAUAAUCAGUGGGAAGAGGUGGAGAAGAAAGUCGGGGCAAUAAAAUUUUGGCCUAUGCAGAGACUCAUCAGCCAGGAGGAGAAUUAG